AUGAGCAAUGGAUUGCAAGAGGGGCUGCUCGGCUCAGAAUCAACCGAUUUGAAGGGUCGAAUUUGUGACGAGUCGAAGAAAAUAUGGAGAGUCGCGUUGCCUACCGUGAUCUCCCGAGUCACCUCGUUCGGUUGCGUGAUUAUCACUCAAUCGUUUAUCGGCCACAUAAGCGCGGUUGAUCUUGCCGGUUAUGCGCUUGUCCAGACAUUAGGCGUUCGUUUCGUGAACGGGAUUCUGAUAGGGAUGUCGAGUGCAACCGAGACGCUUUGUGGGCAAGCGUUCGGAGCCAAACAAUACCACAUGAUGGGCAUUUUCUUGCAACGUUCGUGGCUAGUCGACUUAUUAACACUAACCAUUCUUCUUCCUCUGUUCUUCUUGGGAGGUCCGAUUUUCAAGCUUUUGGGUGAAGAAAAGUUGAUAGCCGAGUCGGCCGGGUUCAUAUCCUUGUGGUUCAUUCCUUAUUGUUACGCGCUCGUGUUUGGGCUCACGAUCCAAAUGUAUCUUCAGGCCCAACAGAAGAACUUGAUUGUAGCCUAUCUCUCGGUUUUGCAGUUAGUGGUCCAUAUUCCUUUGUCGUGGGCUCUCGUUUACGUUCUCGGAUGGGGUGCUGGUGGGGCAAUGGCGUCAUUGUGUGUGUCAUUGUGGAUUGUCGUGUUUGGCGAGUUCGUUUAUAUAUUCGGAGGGUGGUGUGAGGAUUCUUGGAAAGGCUUUAGUUUGGCGGCUUUGAAGGACAUUUUUCCAGUGGUGAAGCUCUCGAUUUCUUCUGGUCUCAUGAUUUGCUUGGAGAUGUGGUACUAUGCCAUCCUAGUCUUACUGGCAGGUUACAUGAAAAACGCCGAAGUUGCCAUAUCGGCUUUCUCCAUAUGCCUCAACGUUAAUGGAUGGGAAUUCAUGAUAUGCUUAGGUAUUCUUGGCGCCGCAUGCGUGCGUGUUGCGAACGAGCUAGGACGAGGGGAUGCAAACGCCGUGAAAUUCUCGAUAAAAGUUCUUCUCACUACUUCGGUUGUGAUAGGGCUAUCGUUUUGGAUCCUUUGUUUGAUCUUUGGCCAAAAGCUCGGCUACUUAUUCACGAAUGACGAGGCAGUUGUAAGAAGCGUGUCAGAUCUCUCUAUUCUGCUUGCUUUCUCGGUUUUGCUCAACAGCAUUUACCCCGUUUUCUCAGGUGUGGCUGUUGGGGCAGGCAUGCAAGCAAUGGUUGCUGUCGUGAACAUCGUGUGCUUCUAUCUGAUUGGACUUCCGAUCGGGCUCGUGCUCGGGUAUCUCGUCGGUCUUCAAGUAAAGGGCCUAUGGAUUGGAAUGCUUUGUGGGGUUAUCUGUGAGACUCUUGUGCUCAGCUUCUUAAUGUGGAGGACUAACUGGGAUGAAGAGGUUCUAAAAGCAUCUGCUCGUCUCAAAAAGUGGUACCUUAAGUCUCCUGAAGAAGAAGCUAUUUUUUGA